AAAAUCGCUGCCAGUCUCUCGCGCUCCCGAGUGAAGUACACCGAUGGAGCGCGAGCGGCUUUAUCAUAGAACACCGGGCGCGCGCACUCACUUUCAUUUCAAAGGGUGGCGUUGACGUCACCGCAGAUCCAAAGAAGUCUAUAGAAAGGGAGAUCGUAACAUUUUCAGUCUUCCGCGAGAGGGCAAGGACGAUUACGAUGGUCAUCAGAGUGUUUAUUGCGUCCUCCUCCGGGUCUGUCGCGGUGAAGAAACGUCAGCAGGCCAUCGUGGGCUUUCUGGAGGCCAACCGGAUCAGCUUUGAAGAGGUUGACAUCACCAUGCUGGAGGAUCAGAGGCUCUGGAUGUACCAGAACAUUCCUGAGGAGAAACGACCUGAAAAGGGCAAUCCUCUCCCCCCUCAGAUCUUCAAUGGAGACGACUACUGCGGUGAUUAUGAAGAUUUCUUCCAGUCUAAAGAGAUGAACACAGUGUUCUCGUUCCUCCGUUUGCCCCCUUUAAAGGACUCUGAAUCCUAGAGCGUGUCAUUCACAGUUCCCUAGACUGAAACACUGUGCUUUUUCCUCUCUUUUUCCUGUGAUGUAACUUUCGUUUCCUGAUCUGAAGCCCUCACUGCCAGCAAUGCUUUUGCCAAACACACGCUGCCCUCCAGCUAACAAUCUUUUCCUUAUUCAAACACACACAUACACAGGGUGAAUAAUGUUUUAUAUGGCCUAGUUAAUAAUAUAUAUGUGUUGCUGUUAUGUUUCAUUUGUUGUACAUGUGUUGCAUGAAAAACCUAUUCUGCUUUUUAUAACGUGAUACAGAGAUAGAAA